UCGAGGCUGCGGGCUGCACUAUCAGGUUCUUGCGUUGUCCUCUCUCACUCCACGCUCCCAGCAGCGGCCAGAGCAGCGGCGCGAGAGCGUCCCGGCUGCCUGCUCCCUUCCUCCGGUGCGCCCGCCUUGCUGGGCCGGUCAGUCCGUCGCGGUCGGUCGGCGGCCCGCGCCCCGCUAGCUCCCCGGCCCCGAGCUCGCCGCGCCCAGGCCCAGCGGCCGUAGCCAGCGCCUGGCCUGAGCGCCUCCUGGCCGCGGCAGCGCGGGCACCAGGAGCGGCACCUCACAACGACCCGGGGGAGGCGAGCGAGCGAGUCCGAGCGGCGGCCGGGACAGGUGGUAGCACCGCGAAGAUGGUCGCCAAGCAGCGGAUCCGUAUGGCCAACGAGAAGCACAGCAAGAACAUCACCCAGCGCGGCAACGUCGCCAAGACCUCGAGAAAUGCCCCCGAGGAAAAGGCGUCGGUAGGACCCUGGUUACUGGCUCUUUUCAUUUUUGUUGUUUGUGGCUCUGCAAUUUUCCAGAUUAUUCAAAGUAUCAGGAUGGGCAUGUGAAGUGACUGACCUUAAGAUGUUUCCAUUCUCCUGUGAAUUUUAACUUGAACUCAUUCCUGAUGUUUGAUAUCCCGGUUAAAAACAAUACAGUAAAGCAUCCUGCCUCAGAAUGACUUUCAAAUCAUUCUUCACGUGUCAUUCCAAGGUUUCUUCACAAGUCAUUCCAGAUUUUCUAGUCCAUACCACAGUGCCUUGCAAAAGCACCAUAUGAAUAAAGCAAUAAAAUUUGAUUGUUAAGCUAUAGUAGCGGACCCUUAUUCAGUCAGUAAAGAGUAAGUUUUUUUUAAAGUGAUUAUUAAAGUAGUAUGCAGUAUGGGUAAUUAGAUUAAAUCUGUGUAGACAGGGUCUAGAUUUUAUUAACCCUGAUAUGUAAAUGCAGUUAGCUUAAUUUAAAAUUUGGAAUCUUGAGGUUUUGGUAUAGCUAGGCACUUUAUUACUCUUGAAUUGAAAGCACACUCUAUUAUAGGGUCAUGUAACUAUUCUAUAAUAAGGUGCUUAUAUGUAAAUGGAGGAACUACACAGCCUAGUUUUGACGCAACCAUUAGCACCUAAAAUUUUUAAAAGCUAAAUGCAUACUCGGAGAUGCUUAUAGCUACAUCUAUUUUAAUGUUAUUAUUUCUGUUACACUACCUUGGAUUUUGCAUGCAUAAGUAUAGUAACCUCGGAUCCCAUUGUAAGAAAUAAACUUAGAUGAAAAAAGCUUUUAUUACCUAAGCAGUUUCACUAAAAUCUACCAUGGUGGAGUAAAGGCAGGGAAGACUUGUUUAUGUCACACUGAUUUCACCAGAAUUAAUUUAAUACAUCAAAGGGGUUUACUAUGUUAGACAAAAUUUUAGGGAAAAAUACUGGAAAUGAAUGCUUCAUCAACACAUACUGUUGAGUCCAGUGUGCUAGAAGACGUUUUAGCUUGUUAGUAGCACCUUUAAUAGCAAAACAAGCACAUCAGUAAGUUACGCUUAGAUUGAAAAUGGUUUUUCUGUGUUUAUGACAAAUUCCCUUAGGAUACUAGAUACAUCAGACUAAAGUGGCAUUUGGGAUUAAAAGGAUUUACUGAUAAUAUUCAAUUUUUGGUCUUGUAUAAUUUUAUAGAUUAUUCAAUAGACUUUCUUUUUACAAAUAGGGCAAGAGUGAUAAGGUAGGUUUUGGGUUUUCUAAUAUGCAAGUUUGUUGACAACUGCAAGUAUUGGCUGUUAAUACACUUAGCCAUAAUUUAGUACCAAAAGCCAGGGCAGGGUCUGUGUAUUAAGAAUUUGGAACAAGGCUGCUUGUUUGCUUUGUUAAUUGCCUCAGGAUAUCUCUUAAAUAAGCUUUUUAAAGAGGAACAGAAGGGAAAUCUGCUACCUAGUCUAUAUACAGUGAACUUCAUAGGGACUUUAUUACUCUCGAAUACAGAAGAAAGUAAAAGUUGAUAGGGACAACGUGUAAAGAACUUAACUGCUCAAAUAGGAAAGGAAUCAGUUGACUUUGGGCCAGCAGGUUUUUCUUGACCAAAUUGUUACCUGUCUUUCUCACCCAAUAAAUCCCUUCUCUCUUUGAAACAGA